AUGGAGGUUAAGAAGGAUAUAUUGAUGUGGAAGGAGGAACAAAAUGGUAGCUACAAUGUACGGUCGAGAUACAAGGUGUGGAGGAAUGCUAAGAAGAUCCAUUCUAAUCUAAAUACCAAUGAAAAUUGGAACAGUAUCUGGAAUAUUAAAGCACCUGCUGAAGUGAAACAUCUUUUGUGGAGACUCUGUCAGGAUUAUUUGCCUACCCGUUUGGGCAAUAUUACUGAUCAUAGAACUCAUUCUUUUCAUGAUGUAAAAUCACUCAUUCUUGAUAUUUGCAGUAAGGAAGAUAGAAAUACUGCGGGUAAAGUUGCAGUAGCGAUUGGGGCUAUGUGGAAAAAUAUGAAUGAUCUUAUUUGGAAUGAUGAGCAUGAAGAUGGGUCCAAAGUUGAUUGGCUUGCAUAUCAUAAAUGGAGUGAAUAG